GGAUCGCAGCUACUGCGCAUGCUCGAGGCAACUUCACAUGAAUUCUGCUGCACGUCUCAAGACAUCUCCUUCACAGGUAAGGAUAAGGGAGGUUUAUUUGUUGUUAAAAAUGUACUGCUUCCUUACCAGCGCUCAGUUCCACUUGUUAGCGAUAAUUAUAACUCCUUUCGUGCAAUGUGUUUCCAAAAUGCAUCGCUUUUUCCACAAACUGAAGGUAAAUCCCCUUCACAUCAACUAUCGGAGAGACAGCCUGAGCACCAACCCAAAUUGGGAUAUCAUCUAAGCUAGCUGCUGCUUCAGAGCUAGCAAACACGCUUUUGUCAUGUUGUUUUGGCGGGUUUCAAUCGUGCGUUUCUCUGCUUCUGUUUUGCAUUCAGUGUUUUGGCAGCUUGUUUUGUUUCCCAGCUGAGGUUCCGUUUGCGGCUGACAUGCACUGCCAGGAGCGGCUCUCAGCUAGCUAACGUUAGCAAUGCUAACUUGGCAAGUGGAAAUGGAAAAGGGCGUAUCAGAUUUAGUCUGGCGGUAAUGUUAAAUACCUGGUGACCCGUUUGCUUUCGCUAACAUGUUGGUAAAAAAUCAGUCUGAGCCGGCUAACUGGCGUUAAUAGGUCGUUCAAGUGAAAAUAUAGUCCAGGCAGCUUUGCGUUGGGUUGCAGCUGUCAGCCCAGUUUGUGUUGGCACAAGUGUGUCCGUAGUCUAGUUUACAGCUUAUGAACACAGGUGUUACACAUGAUCAGUGGGUUUGCCUCUGUAUCUAACCUGUCUACAAAAUGCAGUGGAGAUACUGUAUUCAGCUACAGUAAAACCACCCAACCCUGCACACUUUUGCAGAGGUACAAUUUCAUGCGCUCCAAUAAGCUCUCCCUGAAGGCUAGAAGUCUGCCUCUUCUUUCAGUCAGUACGUGAAAUGACAAACAUGUUUUUAGAGAGAAAACUCUCCAAAAGCAUUGCUGAGUAGUCAUAUUUGUUUUGCACUUUUUGAAAGGGAAUUAAACUAAAUACAUUCAGAUCAAAACUAGAGACAUUUACAGUCAUAUUGGAUGGGUAUUGGUGACCUCAACAGUGUUCAUGACUGAUUUUGCAAGAUCAGUUUCAGUUCCAGGUUCACAUUGGGGAAGGAGUUGGUAAAGUUACUAAAAAGAAAACUGAUGUUAGAAAAACCUUUCAACACUGGAAAUAUAUUUUAACUUAUUUAUUCAUGAUCAUUUCUUAAUUACAUUAUAUGGCUUCAUAUCAUUAAGUCAGGUGUUGAAAACCAACAAAACCUUUUAGGCUAAGACAGAUUUAGUAAAUAGAUCCUUUGAAACCUCUUAGUCUUGGACUGAGCUUAAUCUUUAGCCAGGAAAUGAACUCCAAAAGUCACUUCUCACAAGAACCAGGUUAUAAUAUUAGAUGGAGUGGAAAUCAUUUGGAGUCUGAUGAUUUAGUAACACGCCCUGGCUGUGUUACACACCCUGCUGUAAUAACAGGACUUAUUUUUACAGAGUGUGACAAUUUGUAUAGACCUGUACAUCCUGAACAUUAGAAAUAUUUGUGAAGUAGGUUAAUCUCUGAUGAUACUGUUAAGAGCAUUUUCUGGAACAUUAAAGAAGACAUGUCGACAGAAUACUACUCAGGAUUCAGGCUCUGAUACCUUUGGACCCCUGGUAUUCAUACUAAACAUCCAUGUGCUGUACAUUAAGAGCAUUCCCUGACAAUGACAUAAGCAGAACCUGAAGACCUGGUCUAACUGGUCGAGGCUACCUAGCCUUUUUUAGCAUCUACACAAGUUGGGUUUAGUAUAUUGGAGGAUGGUGUGAGUCCAAACUUUGUGGUCAAGUACAUUUCUUUUCAUUGCAGUAUAUGCUCUCACAAUCAAUUAUGUGCAGACAGCUUAAAUUGAUUCAAUCUGAGAAGUUAUUUGAUUAAUUAAAAUCUAAAAGAGGCCUUUGACCAGUUCUGAUUUAUUUGUAUGGCUAAGGAACUAGCUCACCUUUGACAAAUCAAUCUUGUAGGUUCGGGAUUAACUCCCUCACAUAGGACAUGAAAUCCACAUCCGUUCUUUCAAUUUGGCAUGCAGUCAUGUAUUGGUAUGCAUUCCCAUGUGACUUGUUGGUAUAGCCUUUUAAAAUGAUCUGAUGAUUUUAUGACAGUCUUUUAAAAGAUAUAGCAAGUGAUCUUUGGACAUGCAUGUUCAUGUGAUCUGUGGAGCUCAGCGUGAAAUGACUGGAUUAUUUUACAACAACAGUUUUCAGUAAGUUUCAAGUGAUCUUUGGACAUGCAUCCCCAAGUCUCCUUUGGUUUGCAUAGGCAGGAAGUGACCCAACAUAGAAUGAUAAAAUCACAGCAAUGAAGUCCCAGAGCAGUUGCUUUAGAAGCAAAUUUUCCCAAGAAUCGCAUCAAAAGAUAUAAUUGUGAAUCACAUAUCAUUUAAAGCUGUCCAUUAGGACUACAAUUAGGAAAGCCUUGGACAGCUUUUCAUGAAAGCACAGAGCAUGAUGUUCUUGUACACGCUGCAUUUAAUCAUGAUAUCCUCACUAGAGCAUAAAUCUGAUCUGUGAAAUUGGCUCUUUUGGUUGGUCACUGUACACUUUUUCUCAGGUUAUUAUGUAUUACCAACGUAGAUGUUGCAGUUCACCACUUCUGGAAAAAAGUAACACGACUAGUCCUUGUUUUAAUAUCACUAUCCAGGAGAUUUCAUUUAAUUUAUAAACAGUUUUACUUCAGACAAAUUUUACUGCUUCAAGGAUUUUAAGAGAUUAAUGUUGCUCAAUUGUAGUCCCUUUGAAAGUACUUAUUUUUAUGAUCUGAUUAAGUCUCCUAACCUCUUCUGUUUUGUGUUUUUUUUCCAUUUUUUGUGUGUCUUCCAGUAACAACCAUGGGCAGCUAAUCAAAACAGGCUAGAUAUUUGCUGUGUGGAGGACAGAAGGUUAGUAGUAUCCUAGAGAGUCUCUCUCUUCCCACUCAGACAGUCCAGCGAGUUUCCAGCACCAUGGCGGAGGAAGAGUAUGGCAGCUUUGUGGACUGGAACCAGAUGGGGGAUCUGGCCAAGAGCAGCGGGCCCACCAAGGUAGACUGCAAGGACCUGAAAGAGUUCAAACAGAUGGCUCGGCAGGGUUACUGGGCCAAAAACCACAAACUACGGGCGCAGGUCUACCAGCAGCUCAUCAAAGCCAUUCCAUGCCGUACAGUCACCCCAGACGCCGAAGUGUACCGUGACAUUAUGGGAAACGCAGCCACUAAGAAGCCCUCCUCCAACAUCCCACUCCCAGAUUUUGUGGAUGAUAAUCCGGUGCCGCGUUACUGUCUGAAGGCGGAGGCAGUAGCGUCAGCACAUCAGAUCAUAAACUGCCUGGCUGGACAGUUUCCGGAUAUCUCCCACUGCCCGUCACUACCUGCUAUUACAUCCUUGCUGCUGCACUACAGCAAAGAUGAAGCUCAGUGUUUUGAACAUGUCAGCCGCAUGUUGGCCUGCAACGAGCCGGGGAAGCGCCUGCUGGACCAGACUUUCUUAGCAUAUGAGUCUAGCUGCAUGACUUUCGGAGACCUGGCCAACAAAUACUGCGCACCCGCACACAAACUGAUUGUUGCCACCGCCCAGGAUGUGCUGGAGGUCUACUCUGACUGGCAGCGCUGGGUGCUGGGCGACCUUCCUUUCAGCCACGUUGUCCGGAUCCUGGAUGUCUACCUGGUGGAGGGCUACAAGAUUCUUUUCCGCGUGGCUAUCGCCUUACUUAAGUUUUACCGCAAGAGUAAAGCAGGGGCCCAGGGAGGUCAAGCUAGCCAGCAGCAGGAGUCAGGCAAAAUCAGAGCGGACAUUCAAGCGUUUGUCAAAGGCAUCGCCUCCACCGUCACGCCGGACAAGCUGCUGGAGAAGGCCUUUUCCAUCCGUUUGUUCAGCCGCAAGGAGAUCACACUGCUGCAGCUCACAAAUGAGAAGUCCCUGCAGCAGAAAGGAAUCACAGUCAAACAAAAACGGUACAGUUAAUGCUAUCAGAUCUUUGUGAGCAUCUUUGUGGCUAAAUGGCCCCACCUUUCAAACUCCAGCAUCAAAAAGACAAAUAUUUAAAUGUGUUUUAUUUAUUUUUUAUCAAAGGCUUCAUAGGCAUUACCAGAACAUCAAAGAUAUCUAUGAUACUAUUAGGAAAGAUGCAGGUAAACAAGGUUUGGGGCUAUUUUUGCUUUCAGGGAUGAGGCACUAUGUGCACUUAAUUUUCCUUCAGUUUAUAUUAAAUCAAAAAGGAUAAAACACUUACAAAGUCAGCACUUCAGUGUAGUACGUCAGUAAGUCCAAAAGCAGUAAAUUCUGCCUUUUAUGAUUCCAAAUUAGAUCAAGUUCAUCUAUUUCUGUUUUUGCUGCACUGACUUGCAUGAACUUUCUUGAACAGUAUUGAAUGUAUGACACAGUUCCUAGACUGUAAAUCAAAUUAGAGUGGUAUGCCCAGAAUGAGAGAAAUGUGGUCUUCAAGUAGAACCAUCGGCUGUCUCUCCUUACAGUUAAUCUGCACAGAAUGUACAAUAAACUCAGUAAUUGUUUUAUAGGAGAGAAGUUCAUUUUUUCAGCUUUAGGGAAUGGUUUUAUUUGUUGCGCCUGCACAUUUUCUCACCAUGUGUUCUUUGUCUUUGGGUUUGUGCCUUUUUUCAUCCACCAUCUUCUGUUUCAUCUGCACUCCACCCUUGUUCACUUCCUGGUUAUUUCACAGCUCUAGGUGGGUCCUCUCUACUCUAUGCUUCUCCAUCUCUGUCUGUUUCUGAUUACAUAAAACGUGCUCACUUGCUCUCAAAAAGAUGCAAAACUAUAUCAAUAAUAUGAGUCAGACUCCAUCAUUACUGUCUGUAAAUCCCUUGUAAGGGUGUUUAAUCACCACCUGGGUGAUUUGCUCACUGUCUGUGCUUAUCCGUCUCUCCUGGCGUUUGUAUUUUCGGCACCUGAAGGAGGAACGUCCAGCUGGCUCUAAACCCCGACACCUUCUCCUCAGAGAUAGUCAGUGCCAAGGAGAUGCGGGACAUCUGGUCUUGGAUCCCUGAGCGCUUUGCCCUGUGCCAACCGCAACUCCUAUUCACUACAUCCACUCAUGGCUGCAGCUUGAACAGGUAGACAGUCAAGCCCCCACUUUGGAACAUUAGUUCACCAUUUUGGCAGCUCAUGAUUGAGAUUUUGGUGGAACAAGUUUUGAAUCUCAGAAGACGCUAGUCGGAAGAAAAUAUGAAUGUCGCUUUUAUUUUUCCAGCUUGGAAAAAAUUGUUGAAAAUCUAAUGACAAAGCUGGUCUUCCCACUGUGUUCAUUUGUAUUGGGAGUAAAAUCUGUAACCUGCAAUAAUCUCAGCACGAAAGGGAAAAAGCCAAAAUCCGAUUCAUUUCUAAUAGUGCCCUCACUUUUUGGGGAUUAGGGUCGUACUCAAGAAGUCAUUACUUACUGAACUGUUUUGUUCUCUCCAGAUUUUACUCACAUUGUGAAGGCUAUGAGCCCACACUGCUCCUCAUCCGGACAACAGAUGGUGAUGUAAGCGACACACGCAUAAAAAAGUGAUCUGUCUCAUUCAAAUCCACCACCCACCCACCCCUCAAUGUCCCACGUUUGUGUGGAUGAAACACCAAAUCACAAUUUCUUUACACUCUGGUCUCCUCUUGUAAAAAUCAAGAUGGCUGUUGUAGAAAAGUAAAUCAACAACCCACUGAUGGUGACUCUUUUUCUUUCCUGCUUCAGGUGUGUGGGGCCUUCCUGUCUACAGAUUGGGAGGAGCGCAAGAGAGGAGGCAAUAAACUGAGCUUCUUUGGCACAGGGGAGUGUUUUGUCUUCAGGGUGAGUUGAAGUUUUAUAUUCAGACCUCAUGGCUUUUUUUCUAAAAAUCUUUCUUUCUAAAUUCUGUUCAGGCAAUUUUGAAGAAGGAUUUAUAUUGAGAAAUAGUCAGUUAAAUUCACAUUUGUAGUACCAGACUUUUGCCACCAGAUGGCAGUAUUGAUCUGGUUUAACAUUCAGGACAUCAGUGUUAAAGGCGAGAAUCAGCAUGUUGGGUCCGCAUUAGCAAAAGCUAGCCAUGUAGGUUAUAAAUCACUGUAUGACAUUGCUAUGACCUCUUUAGCAAAAAAAAAAAGACAAAAUAAAUAAAGAAGAAUUAAGAACAUCUAACUUCUCAGCUGGUGUUACUGCUGCUCCAGGCCUCACUUACAACAACACCUGGGCUAGAAAUAGCAGAGCAGCCUGGUUCUCCAAAGGCUUCUGUAUGAAUUAUUUACCUGGUUUCCUGCACUGGUGCACAGCUGCUGACUGUCUGAGCCAGCACACCACACAACACCGUCGUCUCACACACACACUUAAUACUUGAGCACACACCGAUCGGAAACUCCUGUAACCUGAUCCAUUUGUAUCUGACCUGGUCCUCACCUGACACCAGGAGAAACGGAGACAGUCAACAAGACUGAUGUCAAUCUGAUGUUUGGUUUUCUUUCAUUCAUCCUGUUUAACCCUUUAUUUCAACUUGACUGUCAUCGAGAUCUCAAAACAAAUCAUGGAAACAGACUGCAAAAACAUGAACAGACACAGAAGUAUUCACUCAGAGUAUACUACCAGGCUUUAUCAAAUAUAUUUCUGUGAUUGAUCUCUGGACUUUGAAGACAGGGACAGACUUUUGCUACCAACAACUGUCCUUACCUGACAGCAAGACAGCCUCCAAUUGUGUCAGUUUGCACAAAGAAGUCAUAGAAAUAUGUCAGUAUGCUCUUUAUCACAGUUCUAAAUAACAGAGAAGCAACAAAACACACACAAAAAAAUAAUUUGUUAUCUGGGGAUUCAUAUUGUCUUAUUUUACCCUCAAAGGUACUUUUCAAGGGUAAUGUGAGAUAUGAAAUUUAAUUAGGCUGAUUCUGCACAGGUUGUUGCAUUCAGGGGUGCAAAACAGGAAACUGAGCAGAUCUUUAGAAGAGUAAGACGGUAGAUCACAGGAAACUAAAAAAAUAUCUCCCUAUCAACAUUUUGUGUUAAAUAACAGUUUGUUUAGGAGCUGUCUUACAAAGAAUAUUUACAACAAAGCAUAGCCUACAAAAAUUAGCAUACUGAUAAUCAUUUGUUUUUUUUUCUGUCACUAUAAAACAGGAAAAGAAUUUGGUUUAUUUGUCAAGUGAGACUGAAAUAAGUACAGACUUGAUUCAAGUGCAGGUAGUCUAGUCAAUGAGUAAUGCUCAGGUGUAACUUUCUGCUCUCUCCAGCUGAAGCCAGAGAUCGAGCGCUAUGAGUGGGUGGUGAUCCGCCACCCUGAGUUAGCCUCCUCCAUAAAGACUCAGGAGCAGGAAGACGGAGCCGCCUCUGAAAUCCCAAACUCUGACAACAACGGCUUGGCACAGCCUGAGAAACCACUUGGAGACUUGUCCCCUUUCCUUUCUGCUCGACACUUCAACCUCAACUCCAAGAACACAUCGAUGUUCAUGGCUGGCAACUUUGACUCUCUUAUUAUCGGUAAAUCAAUCACAAGUUUUUGUUUUUUAAUUAAUUGGUACUACUAUUUUCUCACUGUAUUUAUUUUUAAGGCUGUUUUUUUAGUUUUGUUUUGACUGAAGUAUUUCAAAUUUAUGAGACAUACAACAAACUUUGUUUCUUUAAUGUGAUAAGGUGGAGGAGAAGGCAACGCCCUCUACAUUGACUCUGAGCUCAACCACGGACGCACCGGCCGAUGCACCACCUUUGACAACCCGCCACUGUGUGCUGAAACCUUCCAGGUGUCACUGUUAGAGUCGUGGGGCUUUGAGGAUGCCAUGUCUAACUAAUAUUGUACCUAAUCACACAAUCUACGCAUAAACUGCUCACAUAAAGACCCACACAGACACACAUUUCAACAUAAUUUCAUGAUACAAAUUAUGCAGUGAAUUGUUUCGAAAAAAGAAUAUGCAAACAAAACUACUUCCGUCCUAAAAAAACUCAUAUAUAGUCAACCUUUUUUAUUUAUUGAAGCACUUAAUUUCAACCUGUGAAUAAAAUGUGAUUAUUUUCUGUUUAUUUUUGUAAUUACAGAUUUGUUAAUAUGGUGUAUUAUUAUUAUAUGAAGGUGUGUGGUGUUAUGAUGGAAGUUGCUGAUCAGUAGGGUUUUUAAGUUAACUGUGUUGCGAUUACGUUCAUGCUGGACCGAAAAGCACAAACACCUGAAUGUAAACUCAGCUGUUCAUGUUCUGUAGUUUAGAUCAAUCUGCCAAACUUACCAUACAGGUCGCUCUGCUGUCAGUUCAAGCGUGUUCUCAAACCAGCUACGUUGAUGGGUGGGUCAAAGGUUAAAAAAAUGAAUGGUGAAGUUUUAAAUGUUGUAAAGUUAAGAAAUGAAGACCAUUGAUUUUUUUUUCCCAGUUUCAGUGUUACACUAACUUUCAAACCAAAAUAUCGGCGUAUGUAAUAGCUGUGGUAGGUUUUGUGAGUAUCAGUGGUGAAUAUGAGUGUUGCCAUUUUGCACUACAUGUUAAAGCUUUCUUUUGAACCUGUGGUAGUCUCCCUUGUGCAGAUCUAUGUGAAUAACAGUGCAAAACAUUUGACAAAAAAACUACAAGGUGUUUUGGUUCACAACAAAUGGAUAUACAGUAAGCAGUUUGUUCCUCCAUUAUUUCUCCCUUUUUGUUCUUUCUUCCGUCCUUUCCAGUGUGAAGCAACAAAAAGAAGUCCAUAAUCGUGCCCUGGUGGUGAAGUGUAGCAGGGAUUUGUUCCCUGUUUGUAUGCUCUGUGUAUGUUCAAGUGUUCUCCAGUGAAAGUGAGUUGAGUAACUUUAAAAUGUAUUCUACAUGUGACAAUACAGAAGUAUACUUUCAGCAGCUC